AUGACCGUGAAAUUAGACACUGUCAGACAAUCCAUAUCCGUCAACGAUCAAUCAAGCUCACAGUCUUCCUUCGUCGCUUAUUUUAAUUUCGAUGCUUCGCAGACUCCCUACAUAGAAAUUGAGUUCCGCGACGCACCCAAGAAGCGCAUCAAGCGGAAUCUGUCGCUGGACUGCGACGAAAAUGAUAACGAAACGCGCUGCUGCCGAUACCCGCUAACGGUGGACUUUGACAAGUUCGGCUGGGAAUGGAUCAUCGCCCCGAAGCGCUACGAGGCGUCCUACUGUGCCGGCGAGUGUAUGCUGAGCUUUCUGCCCAAGUACGAGCAUACGCACGUGAUGCAACUGAGCACAUCGGCCAUUCCCUGCUGUUCACCAAAGAAGAUGAGUCCCAUCAAGUUGCUCUAUUUCGAUUUGAGCUACCGUGUGAUCUACAGUACCAUACCGAACAUGAUUGUGGAGAAGUGCAGCUGUUCCUAGAGCCCCUGCCUAAUUCUUCUCGGGGCAGUAGCAGUAAAUACGUAAAAUUUAAGAAUAACAUAUUAUGAGUCUGAUUCGGGAUCUUCUAUUGGAAUUUAAAAAAAAUUAAGCGCAAUCGUAUAUCGAAGCUAAGAAAACGUAUUCUCUCUAACGGCGGGUGAUAAACGAAAUUUACCAACCAGUGGCAUUUAGGCUUACUCGACUUAAAACUAAAUAUCUGAAUCACGCGUUUGUAUGACUUGUGUGGCAGUACUAACAUUUGACAGUGAACGUUGUGAUAGCCGACAAGCUAAAAUUCUUUGUGUGAACACUUUUUUUUAACUAUAGAGGAAAUGCUUUGGGUUUCCGCGAUCCAAAGCUUAGCUGAAAAGGGAGCACAAAAAAUACAAAACAAUUAUACCUAACUCUAUUGAAACCCACUUUCAUCGUUAGUGCACAUUUUGGAGAAGAGAAAACCUUUGGAAUUUUGUGUGUUCGAAAUUGUACAUAACGAGCAGGGAGGAGAAAUAAAAACAGAAGCACCAUUAAUAUACCAUGCAAUCACAAAUUUACUAGCCCGUAAGCGUAGCUGUCGUUCAUAAUAAAGUUCAAAAGAAAAAUUUA